AUGGCUUGGCGUUUCAAAGCCUCUAAGUAUAAAAAUGCGGCACCGAUUGUGCCUAAGCCAGAGGCAUGUAUUCGGGACAUUUGUGUUGGAUCAUAUCAAACUUAUGGGAACAACAUUUGUGCAUCUGCUGCCUUCAUGGCUUUCAACUGGGAGCAUGUUGGGUCGAGCAUGGCUGUCCUGCCCCUGGAUGACUGUGGAAGGAAGAGCAAGACAAUGCCUCUGCUGCACGCACAUUCUGACACCAUAACUGACAUGGAGUUUUCACCCUUCCAUGAUGGUUUGCUGCUCACAGGUUCACAGGAUUCCUUGGUAAAAAUAUGGCACAUUCCACCAGAAGGUUUGAAGGAGUCUCUGUCGACUCCGGAGUGUACGUUGUCUCAGAAACAGCGUCGCGUUGAAAAUGUUGGCUUUCACCCGGUGGCUGAUGGUCUGAUACACGUCGCUUCGGGCCAUGAACUCGCUCUUUGGGACCUUACUAAGCAGAAAGAAGCUUUUGUGAACAGAGAUCACGGUGAGGUUAUACAGUCUACCUCGUGGAAGAAGGAUGGCAAGCUGCUGGCGACUUCUUGCAAGGACAAGAAGGUCCGCAUCAUAGAUCCGAGGGCGGCCACCGCUGUAGUGGAUGUUGCUAACAGCCACCAGAACAUUAAAGACAGCAGGAUUGUGUGGCUUGGAGAUCAGGAUAGAAUACUGACUACUGGUUUCGAUUCAGCCCGUCUCCGUCAGAUAAUGAUCCGUGAUAUCCGCAACUUAUCACAAACGCAGAAGACAUUGGAGCUGGACUGCUCCACUGGGAUCCUGAUGCCACUCUUCGAUCCUGACACCAACAUGUUGUUCCUGGCUGGGAAGGGAGACACUACGAUCUUGUACAUGGAGCUAACAGACAGGGAACCUUACCUCAUUGAAGGAUUGAGACAUUCCGGUGAACAAACCAAGGGUGCUUGCUUAGUACCAAAGCGAGCUCUUCGCGUGAUGGAAGGCGAAGUGAACCGAGUGCUACAACUGGCUGGGUCAUCAGUCGUGCCUAUUAUGUAUCAAGUGCCAAGAAAGAGUUACCGCGACUACCACGCAGAUUUGUACCCGGAUACGGCUGGGUCAGUGACGUAUCUCAGUGCUCCGAUGUGGCUCGAUAACCAAGACCACCCAGUACCUAACAUUUCUUUACACCCAGACGCCAAUAAUGGCACACAGAUUCACCGCGGGAACUUAGAAGAGAUGGUAAAGGCCAUAUUGGCAAUGCCUCCACCGAAAAAGACCGAUUCCAAGAAGACGGCGUCGGCACCAGUUCAGAUCGAAGAACCUGUGAAAACGGUAACAAAACCACCACCAGAACCAAAAGAUGAAGACCGAAUUGACUUCGUUAACGUAAAAGACCUUAUUAAGGGCAUGGAAAGACAAAAAUCUAACAAAGUAGACUAUCAGAAAGAAACAAAUGGCUUCCACAAAAAGAUUACAGAUAACGGUCACGAUAAUUGCCACGAGAAGAAGAUUGAUUCUGAACCAGAAAAGACCGAACCAGACGUUAUUCCGCAAAAGACUGAGAAGACCGAGGAGAACGAUGAAAAGACCGAAAAGACCAUUGAGAAAACUGAUAGUACGGAGUCAACUGAGUCUUCUCUAUCGAGGAGCAACAGUUUAAUUAAUGGAGUGCCCGUUCAGGUUCCAAAACCGAUGCCAAGAUCCUCAAUUUCGGAGCCAGGGUCCAUGGAGGAGCAUUCGGAGGUCCCUAAACCAAAACCCAGGACCACAACAGUACCUGGGUCUGGCUACAAGGUACAUGAGCCUCGUCUUGGGCCGAAGCCGUUCUCAGCGGCUACUGGCAACGAAGAUUUCUCAUUUGAUAAAGUCUUCUCAGUGCCAGCUGUGCCUGGACUCACGAAAUCUGACUCAGCAUCGUCGCCAGUAUCUGGCCAGGCGACUACCCCGACCGCUACAUCGACGCCCACAGCCAAAGACGGCAGCGAAGAGAAAGACAAGUCGUUGUCGCCGACUAGUGAUGUGGAAAUUGCGCCUAAUAAAGAAGAGUACACGAAUGGCAAGUCGGACACAAGUUUAGAAGAAGAGGUGAAUUCUUCUGACUCCGGCUACCGCCCGAAGACGCCGAGCACAGCGGAACGAAGGAAAAUGUUCGAAAAUACCGACGGUGCCCAGUCAAUAGCUGACCGUCGCCGUGCGUACGAGUCGAGGUCUGUGAGUGUCGCCGUGGAGUCCGAUACACCGCCCUCGCCCGCUCCCCUGAGACGUCGAGAUUCGCUGAAAUCCCGUAAAAGUCCAGACCGUGAAGACAAGAGGGCUUCAGUGCCUAAUGUCACUACAAAGAGGACUUCCACUGUGUUUGGUAAAGUAUCGAAAUUCCGUCACUUGAAAGGAACUCCCGGCCACAAGUCGACUCAGUUGGAGAACAUCAAGAACAUUAGCAGACAGAUAUCUGGAGAAUGCAACGGUUUCUAUGCCAACGGGUACCGCUGCGCCGUCCCGCUGGGCGGCGGCGGCGGGCGCGUGGGCGUGCUGGAGCUGCCGGCGGGCGCCACGCGCGUGUCGGCGGCGCGCGGCCCGCCCGCCGCCCCGCGCGUGCCCGCGCUGCUGCACCCCGCGCCGCUGCAGGACUGGGCCUGGGACCCCUUCUGCCCCACCAGGCUACUCGUAGCUUGUGACGACGGACUGGUCCGCGAGUGGAUCAUACCCGAAGAUGGACUACAAGAAUCAACGAACGAGCCGGCUCGUACGUUCUCGGCUCACCCGGACAAGAUCUACAUAAUACGGUUCCACCCGACCGCGUCAGACUUACUGACCACCGCAGCUCAUGACUUGAGUGUCAAGAUCUGGGAUUUGAACCCGGAGACUCCGGUAGCAGCCAUUAUAUUAACUGGCCACACUGAUCAGAUAUUCGCAUUAGACUGGUCACCAUGUGGGGAGUAUCUAGCUACUGUCUGCAAAGAUGGACUUAUAAGGGUAUACAAGCCCCGUUCGUCGCCGGAGCCCAUAGCGAGCGGGCCGGGCCCGGCCGGCAGCCGCGGGGCGCGCGUCGUCUGGGCGCUCAACGGGACACAUCUCGUCGUCACCGGGUUUGACAAAGUGUCAGAGCGCCAGAUCCUGCUGUACAAGGCCAGCGACCUGUCCGCGCCCGUAUGCACGGUGGGUCUGGACGUGUCGCCCGCCAUACUGCAGAUACACAUCGACCACGACUCCGGCACUCUGUUCCUCACUGGACGGGGUGACUCUACGAUCUAUUGCUACGAGGUAACGAGCGAGGCUCCCCAUCUAUGCGCGCUGUCACACCAUCGCUCGCCCACACUGCACCAAGGGAUCGCCUUCUUGCAGAAGAAUCUAGUCGCCGUUGAAAAGGUGGAGUUUGCAAGAGCAUUACGACUGACUAAUGGAACAGUUGAGCCGCUAUCUUUCACUGUGCCCAGAAUAAAGAGCGAGUUGUUCCAAGACGACCUGUUCCCGCCGACGGCGGUGACGUGGGCGGCGUGGCAGGGCGCGGCGGGCUGGCUCGCCGGGGACACCGUCGCGCCGCGCAUCGUCAGUCUGCAGCCGCCUGGGAUGGAGCCGCUAUCGGCGCAUACCGCGGCGUCCCCAGUAUCCCGCGAGGCCCGCGACCGGCCGGCGGCGGCCGCCAAGCCCAAGCCGGACCUCAUCAAGUCACAUGUACCGCAGGAUACCAAGGCCAAGGAGGACAGCAUAAUGAAAUCCAUUAGCGCCAAAGUGCAGAUGAAUUUGAAAUUGGAGCAAGACAGUAUGGAAGGCGUAGACGAAUCCGAAUGGGAUCAGUGA